AUGGGCUCUAAACCAUCGAGACAAAAUUCAACAAAUAGUGAACCAUUGGAUCAAGGAACAAUUAACGAACUUUGUCAAGAUACUGGAUUUUCAGAAGAUGAACUUAAAGAAUGGCAUAGAAAUUUCUAUAAAGAUUGCCCAGAUGGCAGAUUAACAUUGAAACAAUUCGAACAAGAAUAUGCAAAGAUAAUGGGGAAACCCACUCAAAAGACAGCCGACUAUGUCAGACAUAUGUUUAAUGUUUACGAUGAAGAUAGAAAUCAAUUUAUCGAUUUUAAAGAAUUCGUAAUGGCUUUAUCAGCUGCAUCAACAGUGAAUCGUUUGCGUCUUAUUGAAACACUCUUUCAUGUAUUCGAUUUAGAUAACGAUGGUAAAAUAACAAAAGAAGAAAUUGGUAAAAUGUUGCAUACACUUAUCGAUGUAACAAGUUCAAACAAUAAAAAUCACAAUCAUGCAAAUGAACGCGAUAGAACAAAACAGAUUAGUUUACAGCAACGCAUUGAUGAAGCAUUUGACGAAUUGAAUGCAAACGAUGAUGAUCAUAUAACCAAAGAUGAAUUUAUUGAUUGGUAUAUGAAAUCAGGCCUUCUAUCUGAUGUACAAUCCGAAGAAAUUAAUAUUACGGGUCCAGCUGAAAUUGAAAAAAUUGGAAAAAAAUCACGAAAGCAAAUCAAACGAUCAAUAAAUACUAAAUCAGUUAAAGAACAAGACGAAACUCGUAAUCCAGGAUUACAUUCUAUUCGUCAUAUGUCACGAAUGACAGAGCGAAGAGUACCAUCAAAAUAUGACGAUGACGAUAAUGAUGAUGAUGAUUACAAUAACAAUAAUAAUAAUAAUCCAACAACCGUAUCAUCGAAGCAUCAUUAUCAUCAUCAGUACGAUGAUGAUAAUCGUAUUGAUGAUGAACCAAAACUAAAUCGUCGUUCCUUACAUUCAACAACUAGUGGCGAUGAUGCUGAGGUACAUGUUUCAAGAGAAAAUGAGCGUUGGCAACAUUUAUUUAAUUCUGUUCUGGGACAAAUACGUACACAACGUAGUAAAGACCAGCCAGCAACUACCAAUGAAACAGAUAAUUAUAAAUCAUGGAAACGUGAAGGUGAAGAGAGACUUAAAGUAGAAUAUUUUAAACAUAAAUCAAAUAAGAGAGAAAAUUCUUCAGAUGAAUCAACCACAAAUCCAAAAUUACACGUAUCCAGAACAUCAGAUAGACGUUCGCCAUCUCCUGAUAUUGUUACUAUUCGAUUAUAA